UGAAUGAUUGUGCUCAGCUGUGCCGUAUCGCGGGUGGCGUUUAUGCGUGUGGUGAGAAGCAAAAUCGAUUUUGCCCAAAAAACGUGAUUUUGUACGGAAAAUCAUUAGAAAAAUCGCAAAAAAUUGCUCAAUUUUGUGCAUUGUGUGUUCAAAUUGUAAAUUUGAGUGGAGUUUCAGUGGAAGGUAACUGAAAAAGUGGCGUAGUGUGGUGAAAAUAGUGGUGAGUUUUUCUUCGAGAAAAACGCAAUUCCCUCAAGAUUUCCCGGUUUCUUCAAUAGGAGAUCAGUGUGUUUGUGUUUUGGGAGGAUCUGUGAAAGUUUUCCUUGCGAUUUUUGUGUGUAAAUUUGCCCAAAAUUUGUAAAAAGGCGACAUUCUUCGGGCGCUGUCGCCACUUCUUUUUUUUUGGGAGCCGAAACGGCGACAUUUCCUCAGCAUUCUCCCCAUUUUGGCAUUAUGCGCCAGGAUAUAACUUUUGAAAUCCAUUCAACAGAAUCCAAGACAAAUCUUGAUUGAGCUACGUAUGAUUUAUCAAAGUUGGACAACGCCUGAAGGAGAUUAAUAAGUUGGAUUAUUAUUUUGUGGGAAGAAAAUUUGAGCGUCACAAUUAGGAGAAAAAAAACUAAGGAGGACAAAAGAGUGCAGGGACGACGAUAGUGUAAGAGAAAAAGAACAAAAAAAAAGAAAAAGUGCACAAGUAAAUAUCGCAAUUGUAGCCAUCAUUUUUGCUGAGCACACUUCACAUAAAUGCAUCGCAAUAAUAAUAUAGUGUGGCAGAUCUCUUCGUCAUCAACAAAUAGUUGAGUUCCGUGGACACCCUCAAAAGUUGUUGUGUGAGAUCUUUUUCUCUUUUUGAUAAUAACAUCCUCCCCCCGUUUUGAGCGAUAUUGUCCUCCCGUGGGGAGUGACGAUUAGCUAAGGAAAAAGCACCAGCGGCGACAGAAAGAACGCCGACGACUCGUGUCAGUUGUGCAAUAUAUAAAGUUAGGAAGAAAGAAAAAAAGAACACACAUUUGUUAUAUUCAAGGAGUAAUCAAGAUAGCAUAAGAUAGAAGAGAAAAUAAAGACGACGAAUGGUGCACUGACAAGGAAAUCUGUCUAAUCUGUACAGUUUUAUCUGUGAAAAAAAGUAAAGAAAAAAAAUAGUAAAAGCAGUUGCAUAAAUUGAAUAUCGUGUGAAUGUUCUUUUAUAUGUGGGGCAGCAAUUGAUAAAUUGUUGAAAAACGAGAAGACAUUUGCCAUCCCCAAUAUAUAGUGCACAUUUUGACCGAUAUAUAUUUGAUUCUUGAUAUUUUUUUUCAUUCAAUAGAAAAUCAUUGAAGCACGUUUUUAUUUGUUUUGAAGAAGUAACCCAACAACAACAAAAAAAUAUUGUGUCGUUUUCUCUCUGUUUCCAUCAAAUCUUUCUUUUUUCCUUCCAAUUAACCAAAAAAAAAGAAAAAAAAUUGUAAUUGCAAGAAAAAAAUCACCACAAAAAAUCACAAAUAGUCGUCCAAAUAAGUGUCACUGUAAUUAAAGUUUUUCUAAGUGUCUCUUAAAAAGAAAAUCCUCCUAAUUGUUGCUAUAUAUAUUUUUUUGUGUGUGUUGAUAAAAGAAGAUUUAAAAGAAAAGAAAAUCUAACAAUAACGUUAUUGCGAACAAAAAUAUCAUUAAUAUCAAUCGCACGCUAUCUGACAAAAAAUGUCGUCGGGAACAUUUGUUGAUCGCAUUGAUCCAUUUGCAAAACGAUCGCUCAAGAAGAAAAGUAAAAAGUCUCAGGGAUCGUCGAGAUAUCGGAACUCUCAGGAUGUAGAGCUACAGCAACUUCCACAAUUGAAAGUGGAUUGCUCGAGUAUGGAGCAGGAGGAACUUUUUAUACGAAAGUUGCGGCAAUGUUGUGUGUCCUUUGAUUUUAUGGAUCCUGUGGCAGAUUUGAAGGGGAAGGAAAUCAAAAGAGCCGCCCUCAAUGAUCUGUCCACUUACAUUAUCCAUGGCAGAGGUGUCCUGACGGAACCUGUGUAUCCAGAAAUUAUACGAAUGAUUUCGUGUAAUUUGUUUCGUACACUGCCACCAAGUGAGAAUCCAGACUUUGAUCCCGAAGAGGAUGAUCCAACACUGGAAGCAUCUUGGCCACAUCUUCAGCUGGUCUAUGAGGUCUUCUUGCGAUUUCUCGAGUCACAAGAUUUCCAAGCAACUAUCGGGAAAAAAGUGAUUGAUCAAAAGUUUGUCCUUCAAUUGUUGGAGUUGUUUGAUUCAGAAGAUCCUCGUGAGCGUGAUUUCUUAAAGACGGUUCUUCAUCGAAUUUACGGGAAAUUUCUAGGACUGCGCGCAUUCAUCAGGAAACAAAUAAAUAAUAUAUUUUUGCGCUUUAUUUAUGAAACAGAACAUUUCAAUGGUGUUGGAGAAUUACUGGAAAUACUGGGAAGCAUUAUCAAUGGAUUCGCUUUGCCGUUGAAAGCUGAACAUAAACAAUUUUUAGUGAAAGUACUGUUGCCACUACACAAGGUGAAAUGCUUAUCGCUGUAUCAUGCACAGCUAGCGUACUGUGUUGUGCAGUUUCUGGAAAAGGAUGCCUCACUGACGGAACCGGUGGUUAGGGGAUUGUUGAAAUUUUGGCCAAAGACCUGCUCGCAGAAGGAAGUGAUGUUUCUCGGUGAAAUCGAGGAGAUUCUAGAUGUCAUUGAACCACCGCAAUUUGUUAAGAUUCAAGAACCAUUGUUUCGACAGAUCGCAAAAUGUGUUUCCAGUCCUCAUUUUCAGGUUGCAGAGAGAGCGUUGUAUUUCUGGAACAAUGAGUAUGCAAUGUCGCUAAUUGAGGAAAAUAAUGCUGUCAUAAUGCCAAUAAUGUUUCCGGCACUGUACCGGAUCAGCAAAGAGCACUGGAAUCAGACAAUUGUGGCUCUAGUCUAUAAUGUACUAAAGACUUUCAUGGAGAUGAAUUCAAAGUUGUUUGACGAGCUAACGGCGAGCUACAAAGCUGAACGACAGAAAGAGAAGAAACGGGAACGAGAGCGCGAGGAGCUGUGGAAGAAAUUGCAUGAAUUGGAGAAUAAUCGUUCGAGUAGUAAAACAUCUUUGAAGAGUGAGGCAAAUAGUGAAUUGCUCACACAGCAAACAAACAAUAUGACGGGAAAUUUAAGUAAUGCCACAAAUUCAACACUAAUGUCAUCAUUAUCGGGCAAUGCGCCAUCAUCAGUAGGUACCGGUGUAGGUGACAAGGUGUCAGCCACCUCAGGUGGUUCAAAUGUCUCAUCGGCCACCAAUUCAUUGACAUCGGCAGCGAGCAAGUGAUGCUCUGAUUGACCUUAAUAUAAUAAAUCACACACUUCUAGUUCACAUGAUGUUACUGCUAAUGCUCCCAGUAAUAGGAAGAAGACAAAAUCAUUUCUGCAUAGAAUCAUAUAACAAAUUCUCUAGCCUAUCUCCAAACAAAACUCUCACACAUAACAAAAAAAUGAUAGAAAAAAAAACAUUUAAACAAUUGACAGUGAAAUUGCUAAGAAAUGAUAAGGUCGACAGCAUUAUCAUGGAAUAAUCCUCCAUCCCCUUAGUGAAGAAUUAUGGUAUAGGAAACAAACAAAAAAAAUUAUGGAAGAACGGAAAAGAAUAACCAGUAAUGUAAAAUGAGGAAUGAAACAUUACAACAGGUGACUAUAGAAUUUCGCUUGUGAAAUGCCGAAAUAGAGUUAUAUAAUAUCUAGUGCUACAUGAUAAAACAUUAAUACAAAAAAAGUAUAAUUAAAAAAAAAUAUUAGCAAGAAAGAAAAGUAACAAUAAGUGGAUGAAAAAAAAAUAAAUGGAAGUGAAAAAAAUAUUACCUGCUGCUGUCGUCUCAUUCAAUAAUUAGCCCAAUAUUAUCGACAUAAAAAAAUUAAAAAUAAUUCAUAAAUAACAACAUUAAUACAUAAAAAAUGAGAAAAAAACAAGUUUUAGAGUAUAUAUUGUCGUGACAGAAGGAAAAAAAAAUAAUGGAACAUAAUGUAAAUGUUAGGAUAACAAGUAAUUUAGAAAGAAAAAAAAAAAUGAAAAAAAUCCAAAAAAAAAGAUGACAAGAAGAAAUAAUUUCAUCUUAUUUUACUUAAUUGUUUUUGCCGUGAAAUUGAUUUAUUUCUAAAUACUUUUAGAUGGAUACAAUAUCAAAACAAAAAAAAAGUUAGCAGAAAAUUUCACACAAACAUUUUUAUUGUAUCCGGUUUUUUUCUUUGAAAAAAUAAACAGUAAACUAUAGGUCAGCAAUACUUGGGAAGAAGGCCCCUGCUUUCAGUAGUAGUAUGGUGACUCAAAUAUUAAAAAAAAGGUUUUUUAAAGAUGAAAAAUAAAUUUUAUACGACUAGUCAUAGAUGAAGGGGGUAAGGGAUGCUCGACUAUAGGUGAAAAAAUGCAGUUCUACGUGAAAUACUUCUUUUAGCUUCACACAUUAUUCUUUUUACAUGGCAUUACUAAUCACGGAAAGAGGGUUUAAAAUAUAAGAAGAUUUUGAAGAUUUCAUUUAGAAUUCUUUAAGUGGAAGGGCAGAGAUUUUCAUUGAUUAUUCCAAUAAAUCUCUAGCGGUAUCUUUUUUUGUUAAUUUUAGGGGCUAUUUAACUAAACGAUCUUCUUGAAUAUACCUGUUCAUUAAAGUCAUGAAGGUCAUGGUCGCUUGAAAAAUUCGUUUCAGAAUUGCAAUUAUUGAAUUUUUGCAGUUUUUGUAUUAACAAAA